AUGCCCCACCUCCGGGCUAGCGAAGUCCAGCAGCUGCUGCACAACAAGUUCGUGGUCAUCAUGGGAGACUCCAUCCAGCGCGUGAUGUACAAGGACCUGGUGCUGCUGCUGCAGAAGGACUGCCUGCUGACCUCCAGCCAGCUGAAGGCCAAGGGCGAGCUGAGCUUCGAGCGCGACUUGCUGCUGCACGGCGGCACAUGCGACCGCGGGCAUCAUGGCAGCCACUACCGCGAGGUGCGCCAGUUCUGCUCCGGCCGCCACCUGGUGCGCUUCUACUUCUUCACGCGCACCUACUCAGCCUACGUGGAGGACGUGCUGGCGCAGCUGCGCGGGGGCCAGUAUGCGCCGGACCUGGUGGUCAUGAACUCGUGCCUCUGGGACCUGUCCAGGUACGGCCGCAGCUUCCGCAGGCGGUACCUCGUGGACCUGGGCCGGCUCUUCCGACGGCUGGACCAGGUGCUGCCCGAGUCCUGCCUGCUGGUGUGGAACACCGCCAUGCCGGUGGCCCAGGAGGUGACCAGCAGCUUCCCCUGGCGCCGGGCUCCGCCCCACGCCAGGCGCCUGCGGGAAGACGUGAUGGAGGCCAACUUCUAUAGCGCGGUGGAGGCGGCGAGGCACGGCUUCGACGUGCUGGAUCUCCAUUUCCACUUCCGCCGUGCAGUGCAGCACCUCUGGCGGGAUGGCAGGCACUGGGACCCGCGCGCGCACCGCCACCUCUCGCAGCUGCUGCUGGCGCACGUGGCCGACGCCUGGGGUGUGGUCCUUCCCGGGCCCAACCCGGCGGGCAGUCGGAUCAGGGAUGCCCCUGCAGAAAGACGGCCAGCCUGGACAGACAGGAGGCAGCCACAACGCCGAGGCGAGCCAAAUGACCGAGCUGAGUCCAGGGGCCCUCGCCAGUCUUCUACCCGGUCUCGAAGCCGGCCCUGGCGCCAGAAUGCCUUCCUGCAGUCUCCUAUCUACAGCAACUCCUCAAGGCACCAACGCGAAUGUACCAGGGAAACCAACCUUCGCCAACAUCAUUAUACCAGGGAAACCAACUCUCACCAACAGGGAUUCACCAGGGAAACCAACUCACGCCAACACAGAUACACCAGGGAAACCAACUCACCCCACCAUGGAUUCACCAGGGAAACCAACUCACCCCACCAUGGAUUCACCAGGGAAACCAACUCUACGGGUCGUGAGGGGAGACCAGGCCCCAUUCGUAGAGUCUAUACUCACCAUCGAAGCAGGGGUUCUCCUUACCCUUCCAGGCACCCCAGUGAGUCUCGCAGACCCCAUCAAAGGCACACCCAUCAGUGGAUCUAA